AGCAGCAGCAGCACAGACGGUUUUGCUAUUUGUUCAGUUAAUGGGGAUUUCUGUAGCCAAGAUGGACAUGAACAUAACUAACAGUAGUUAGUUAGUAGUUAGAAUGUGAUAGGACCUUGUGGACUAUGGAGACCAUCACCAGAAACGGCUUUUUAUGGAUUUUACUGAAAGGAACCUUUGGUUUGUUGGCUCUUGGGCAGAAUCAAAGCAACUUCACCUUCAACAAGAAAACGCCACCUGGACUCAACAGAGACCCAGUUAUGCAGAACAACUGGACGCUUCCAAGCAGGAGUUCACCUCCGAACUCCAAACCACCCUUCAGCCCAUUCAUCCCUCUAUCGAAGCAGGGACUUUGGGAAAUACUUGGACGAAGUUCCCAACCGCACUCCAACUCCAACUUAAAGCUUCAUCAUCCCAGCAUGAAGGCUCACGGAGCUUCUAAACUGUCCAGGACGUUCAGUUGGGGAGACUUUUAUUCCAACAUCAAGACGGUGAAACUGAACCUGCUGAUAAUUGGAAAGAUUGUGGAUCACGGGAACGGCUCUCUUGGAGUCUACUUCCGGCACAACUCCACCGGCGUGGGCAACGUGUCCGUGAGCCUCGUCCCACCCAUGAAAGAGGUGGAGUUUGACCUGGUGCGCCAGAGUGUGGUCAACCCCAAAGACUCCAAGACGUUCAACUGCAGGGUGGACUACGAGAAAACGGAGCGGAAGGAGAAGGAGAUGCUGUGCAACUACGACCCGUCUAAGACGUGCGCUCAGGUGCAGACCCAGAGCCUGGUCACCUGGAUGUGCUCCAAACCCUUCCAGGUCAUCUGCGUCUACGUGUCCUUCUACAGCACGGACUACCGGCUGGUGCAGAAAGUCUGUCCAGAGUACAGCUACCAGAACCCAGGAGCCUUCCAGCCCACGGGCUGAGCAGAGGACAAGCAACACACCGAAAAGCUGGACUGUGCUUUUCAAUGGUAGCAUUGUCUAGUGUUUAGCACAAGUUACAUAUAUACUAAUAUGUAAAUACAUUACUGCAAUAUCUAGCUUGUUAUAGACAAUGAGCUGUAUUUAGUUUACGAUCACACAGGACAAAUAAAAGCUUCAAAUCCUAA